AUGUCUUCCUCCUUCAGCAACACAGACACCGGCUCCAAGGCCGCCGACCCCUACACAGAGAAGAACAAGGAUGAGGUUUCCCUCAAGGACAAGGUCGAGGAUCUCUUCACAUUCAUCGACAGCACCAAGUUCUGCUUGAUGACCACGCAUGCCACAGACAGCGAUCUAUUGGCCUCAAGAGCAAUGGCCUUGGCCGCUAAGGAAGGACACGGCUUCGACCUCCUCUUCCACACUAACACUGAGUCUGGCAAGACGGAUGAUCUCAAGGAUGACUCCGUUAUCAACCUCGGCUUCAUCGACUCUUCUGGCCAAUGGGCUAGCAUUUCCGGUCACGCCUCGAUCGAGACCGACCGUGCGAUCGUCAGGAAACACUACUCUCCAGCUCUCAAGGCGUGGAUUGGCGAUCUCGGCGACGGCAAGCACGACGGCGGCCCAGAAGACCCGCGUAUUGGCAUCAUCCGUGUUAAGGCUCAGACUGUCCAAUAUGCUGUCUCAAGGAGGACAACUGUUGGCGGAUACGUCGAGUUGGCGAAGGGCAUCGCGACGGGCGAGUCCCCAAGUGUGAAUAAGCUGAGGCACAUCGACGAGGCCGAGAUCAAGCAGUGGAGGUCGCAGUAG